AUUGGCUUUUGGAAGAAAAAUCCGGUUAAAGACACAUCUAUAUAUUUUAUAAUCAAUAUGUCUUCCUGGCCUGACCGCUCGAGUUCUCUGGAGUCUGUGGCAGCCUGUCUCGGGUGAGUUCAGAGCUGACUUAAUUGCUUAAACGAAUUUCCCAUCACGUCUAGUCACCCCGAUAUAAAACAUUUCCAUUAGAUAUUUUAGUUACCCCUGCUUCGCCUCUAGGAGAACGGAAACUCCUGUCGGGAUUCUCCUUGUCUUGCUGAAGACUUUGAGUGCUCAAAGACAAGCUCGAUUGGAAUUAGGCUUUAAAUAACCCUCUAGGUUACCUUAACUGAACCCAAUCCCAUCCUUCUCGUUCGAUCCGUGCUAUUAACGAAUUACCACUGAUUCUGUGCUUUCGAUUCACAAUAAGUGGUUGAGAUCAUCUAGCCUUCCUCUGGAGCAGGAGAAGUGGAUUCUAAUACUUCAAAGUCUUAAGUCAAUCCGGAUUGACUAGAUUUCCUUCAAUCAAGGCUUACUUCAUUAGCUAUAGGUCCUAGAUUGAGCUCCCUUGAAAGAUGGUGCAGCCUAAUAUAGGUUGAUUAUAGGUUGAUCCCUACUUAACCCUAAAAAAGAAGGAGUCGGUCUUAUUCGCUCCCAAAAGAGUUCUGGCUUAUAGGCGAGGAGGGACAUCCUACUUCAUUUCUAAUCUAAAUAGCCCACGUUCACGCGAAAAGCAGAAGACAAAGAAGACUUUCGUUAAAGACGAGCUAUUCUUUAUCCCGGGAUCAGAAUCAUAAGGAAAGGCCAGGCACCCAGGCUACUUUACUACGCUAUUCUUCCCAUCUUCCAAGUAAGCCAGGUUUGAACGCCUUUGGAUGCAUUCCCGGUAAGGGAGUAAGGAAAGGCGCUAAAGCCCUCAUCUCUAUCUCUCCCCACCAAAAACAUGGUCACACCAUGGGCACCAAGAGAAAGCGAACCCUCGGUCAAUCGAACCGCGGCUAACCAUGUCGGAUCCAUUUAUGGAACUAAAAAAGCAUUGACCUUUCGCCCCGGGUGUGGGAGUGGGAUCGAUCCCAUCUACCCUUCCUCCAACAGUGGUUAUGCCGAUUCUUGCAAAAUCAAUUAUCUGCCCUACUUUCUUUCCCCCUUCUUGCUUAACUCUCCCUUCUCUAAAAGAAAAGAUAAGAAAGGAAAGCCUCUCCAGGCCAAUAAAAGUACUUAAAUAGCCUACCGAUUCAGAGCUAAUAGGAGGCUUUCACUCGGAGUUCUUUCUUAAACAGUAAGAUCGGUGCGGUGCCUUGAGGCGGUGAAAGUAAUGCUAUUUGAAUUUCCAUAGAUUCGGCUUAGUUCAAAUAACCCUAGUUUGAUCUUCUUCCAUAUAAGAGAAUCUCUCUUUGCUUUGUGAUUAAAUCGAUUGCUGACAG